UUGUUGCAAGGAUGAACUCCCCUUCUGCAUACGGAAUGCAUGGGUUGCUGUCUCCACAGUCGCAGCCACUUCACCUUGGCCAUGCCCAGAAUAAUCUGGGCACUUCCCUGAACGAUUUGGAUGUCAAUAAUGGUAACCUGAUCAGGGGUGCACACAUGUCAACCAUGGUGACUGGUACUUCUGGUAACUCUUUUGCAAACAUUUCAAAUGGUGCACCAUUGGCUCCUACAAAUAGGGCAGUUCAGUCUCUUGAAUCAAACAACAGGCAACACCUUGGUCGGAUAAAUUCGUCUUCGACAGGCUCAUUUAGCUCAUUCGCUAGUGAUUCUCCCCACUUUCCAGAUCUUGGAAGAAGUAGUAACACCUGGCAAACUGCAGUGCCGUCCAACAUUCAGCAACUUGGUCAGAACGGCAGCAUGUCCCAAGCAAGCUUGCAUGGGAAUGGCCCUAGGAUGGAACCUGUCUCAAGCUAUGCACCACCAUCAAAUCAGAUUACAUCUCUGGGAAAUGAUAUGCAGAACCAAGUAGCACCACUAGCUAGCAAUACCCUUCCAAUGGUAUUCAAUCAGGGUGCAGCGCCAUUCACCUUUGGAAACAGCACAAACUUGAGAGAGACGCUCAAUAGCAACCUUGCGUUUAGCAAUUCAGGCAUCAACACUUCAUUGCCAAACCUUCGCAUUGACAAUUCGGUUGUGCCAAGGCAGACUCUGGAUGGCGGGAAUACAGGUGGUGUUCCUCUCUGCAGGAUGGCAAGAUUGAUCAGCAAGCUGUUGGUAAUCAGCUCAAUUACAACAACAAUGAUCUCGUGGGGACAAGUGGGCUGCAAAGGGAGCUCAGUGGUGGUCUGGAUGACAUUGUUGUUGACAUGUUCAAGCCGGUAUGAUCCACUUUUGUAUUUCAUUUUCAGCAGAAUAUAUCUUAAUGCCAAACUUUCAUGUAUUUUGCUACUAUUUUGCAUCUACAUAAUGGCUGCCGAGUUCAACCCAGUCCUGCUGCCGGAGUUUUGCCAGCCGGAAGAGACGAUGCCUUUCGGCAAGCAGCUGAUUCAGAUCAUCAAGGAGUUGAAGAUUGCUCUGCCCUCUAUCACCAGGACUCCUACCAACGCACUUCCGGCAGACACUCGCUAUAGGAUUGUGGUGCACAAUCCAGGGAGGACUUUCGGAAGCUUCUCAGAGCCCAUUGACUUCCAGUUUACCUCGCCUACUUGGAUCCUCGGGAGGGACAUGGCUAUUCAUCAUGCACUUGGACACAUCCGGGAGGAGUACAGGGCCGAGCUCAUCGGAUCAGACCUCACCAUGAUCUCCCGCAGAACAGUAAAUGGAGAGAUCGUAUGCAUCGUGAAUGACAACUCCAUCAUCACAUAUGUCCAAGACCUGGAGACUCACAUCGGGACUCUGGAGGUUCAGACGCGUAGAAGCUUCAAGUGUUCAGGAAGUUAUUCCAUGAACUGGAGUUGGUGGACAAAGCACGCGAGGACCACGAUGAGCAUGUAG